UGCCAGUCCGAGGGAGACAUCCCUGCUGUUACUGUUGCUGCUACGGCUGCUGUCAUCAACUGGUUCCCUACAAUGCCUUCAGUUCACACUCUGCUUGGACUCCUUGCCAUCUCCAUCUUCUUCUCCCUGACCCUGAGUGUCCCAGGGCAGCCAAAGACCAAACUCCAGAAUCCCAAAGGAAAGAGGAAAGGGGCGACGAGGACAAAAAUUCUUCCCUCAGUGGCUCAGGGAUCCUUAGACUUGGUGCAAAGGGUGAAGCUGCCAGGGGAAAAGGUGUUUGCCUUAAUGGAAGAAUAUGAGAGGAGCAUUCAGGAGAUGGUGGCCCAGCUGAGGAACAGUUCAGAGCAAUCUAAAGGCAAAUGUGAGGUCAACCUGCAGCUGUGGAUGUCCAACAAGCGGAGCCUAUCCCCAUGGACAUACAGCCUGAAUCAUGACCCAGCGAGAAUCCCUGUGGAUCUCCCAGAGGCCCGCUGCCUUUGCCUAGGCUGUAUCAAUCCCUUCACGAUGCAGGAAGAUCGAACCAUGGUGAGUGUUCCUAUUUACAGCCAGAUUCCAGUACGUCGUCAUCUGUGCUCCUUGUUUCCCCGGGCUGGCUGGAGGCAGCAAAAGGCCUGUGCUCCAAGAACUGUCAUGGAGACAAUCGCUGUGGGCUGCACCUGUAUUUUCUGAGCAGGGCCAAGAGAAUGGCACUUUCUCCUCUCUGAUGAUGGACCUACAUACUGAGCCACAGUGGGACUGCCCUUAUCCAAUAAUUUAAUUUGAAUCAACAAAUAUUUAUUAAAUGCUUAUUGUAGGCAAAGCCUUACAUUUGGAUAUGAAAAUGAAAGAGGAUGCUAUCUCACAUUUUUGGACAUAGCCAAUAGGGAAUUUGUUUUGCUGGACUAUGCAUAUUUGAUAUAAGGAGUUUUUCUUAAUUGUUUAAUUAUUGAGGGGGGGAGGGGAGACAUAAUAAAGGCAUGUUAAAAAAAACUCAAAUCUUUUAAAAGACAUGUAAAAAAAAAAACAAGUCUUAAAAAAAAAAAGAAAAUCAAUGAUCUAUAAUAAAGAUUAGAUUUAGGAAAAAUCGUGGGGGCAGUGGUCAAUAAGAGAAAAGAAAAUAAUACAGUCUCUGACCUAAAGGAACUUACACUCUAGUAAGGAGCUGGGAAGAGGGCAUGACAAGAUUAUAGUAUAAUACAAAGUAGACUGGGAUGUGAGAAAAUAAGAAAUACAAAAGUACUCUAAGAAAGCUUGAGAAGCAAGAAGAAUAGUUAGGUGGGAGUGGGAAGCAGUGAUGUCAUGGAAGGCUUCACAGAGGUGAACUUAGUUAAGUAUGAAUAAAAUUAUAAAUAAAAUUGAGUAAGGUAAAGUAUUCCCACCAUCCUGCUCCCUCUUCCUUCCUCCUCCUCAGUCUUCAGGGCUCUACUCUCCAUUCCUAGCUCAACACUCCACUAGGAUGAAGAAAAGAGGAAUGUGUGUGUGUGUGUGUGUG